UUAGAUGUACUACCAGGAACUAAAACAGACAUAUUUUUGAAGUGUGCAUACCGCACUUAACCCCCUUAAUAAAUCCCAUAACAUAAUAUCAGUUAGCCAAUAGCUGGUUGACGAGUAAUGUAUGUAUAUAUAUGUGUGUAAACAAAGACAAGCAUGGCUUAAAUAUUUUAAAGCAUUUGGCAAGAUGAUGCAAGCAUCUUAAUGUUGCUAUAAAAUAAACCUGUAGGUGGUGUGCAUUGCACUAGAUGCGAUUGGUUCAACAAUUAUUUCCAAUUCAUGCUUGACGUUUAGAGGAUAUAAUUGUAAUAAUGCACCCUAUACAGGGAGAUCAUAAUUUAAGUUGUGUGAAAUACAGAUAAGCCAUUUGAUGUCCAGUGUUGAGAUUGAGAGAAAUGUCUGGUCAUCCUGGGUAAGAAAGGCACUGUCUUCGCCUUGCAGCAUUUAGCGGCUAGACUCCACUCUGUGUACACUCUCCAUAUACUGCGCACCAGGUCGGAAGAGAAAAGGAGAACAGAACCUGUGGAUCCUCGGUCAGCGACAUGGCUAACGUUACUACAGAUUCGGCGGACAUCGCAGAGGAAGAAACAGAACAUAUGAUCGAAAAUAAUUUUGUCGUAGAGGCCGAAAACGUUGCAUCUUCCAUUGACCCUAAAGAGAUGCGAGCGGUGAUAUUAGCAGGCUUCGGAGGUCUCAACAAACUCAGGGUAACCAAGAAGACCAUGCCAGAGCCACAGCAUGGUGAAGUGAAGAUCCGCGUUAAGGCAUGUGGUUUGAACUUCGUGGACCUGAUGGUUCGCCAGGGGAAUAUUGACAGUCCACCAAAACCUCCUCUAAUACCCGGAUUCGAAUGUUCUGGGAUAGUUGAGUCCAUUGGUGAAAACACCCAUGGGUUCGAAAUAGGGGACAGAGUGAUGGCAUUUGUGUGUUACAAUGCCUGGGCAGAGGUGGUUUGUACUCCAGUGGACUAUGUCUACAAGAUGCCAGACAAAAUGAGUUUUCAAGAGGCUGCAGCCUUCUCAUUGAACUAUGUAGCUGCUUAUAUGAUGCUCUUUGAAGUCGCAAAUCUCAGAGAAGGAAUGUCUGUGUUGGUCCAUUCAGCUGGAGGUAGUGUGGGUCAAGCAGUAGCUCAGCUCUGCUCCAGCGUGCCAAAUGUCACUGUGUUUGGAAUUGCCUCAUGUUCCAAACACGUAGCCAUCAGAGACUCAGUCACCCACAUAUUUGACAGAAAUGCGGAUUAUGUACAAGAAGUGAAAAAGAUUUCACCGGAGGGUGUUGACAUUGUUUUGGACUGUCUUAGUGGCGAGCACACUGGGAAAGGCCUUGCUCUGCUUAAGCCUCUUGGAGCAUACGUCCUCUAUGGUGCAUCAAACAUGGUCACAGGUGAAACAAAGAGUUUUUUCAGCAUCGCAAAAUCUUGGUGGCAAGUGGAGAAGGUGAACCCAUUCAAACUCUACGAGGAGAACAAAGUGAUGGCCGGAUUCUCCCUCCUCAACCUCCUCUUUAAACAGGGGGGGGGGGUGCGGGUGAAGACAGUGAUGGACAAACUGUUGUCUCUUUACAAUCAAGGGAGGAUCAAGCCAGUCGUCGACUCACUUUGGGCCCUGGAAGAGGUGAAAGAGGCCAUGCAAAGAAUCCAUGACAGAGGAAAUGUAGGAAAACUAAUACUGGACAUUGAGAAGUCUCCUACUCCUUUGAUGGCAAAUGACAGCACAGAGACUAGUGAGGCUGGGGAGGAAGAGGAAGAUCCUGAAGGAGACAAUGACAAUAAGGAACGAAUGCCUUUCAUACAGUAGGCCAGCAGGAAGACGGAUAUACUGCAAAAUACGGUUCUACACACUCACUCACCCUCACCCUGGAGAUCAUCAGGAAACUUAAAAUAGAACUUGCUGUGUGUGUGCAUGUGUGUAGAUUUGUUUCAAUGUGUGCGUGCAUGUACACGUGUCUGUUGUAGGUUUUCAGGUCAUUAGAUCACUGGAAUAAAGGUAAACGUUAGGGUAGUCAAGAUUGUUAAUUCAACAGUCGGUGCAACCCUUAAGUGACGUGUGAAGCUAGUCCAGUAAUUCGAUUUUGUUUGCAUCCAUCCAUGUAGUUGCUUGGAAACAUAACCGCCCCUGCAAGGUAGAGAUAAGGUUUUUGAAAGACUUGAAUAGGGAUACAAUAAUGUUUUAUUGGAACAGCGCAAAGGAAACAAAUUCUAUCCUUAGUGGCUUGUCUUCUUAUUGUACACAGAGUUAUGUUAUGGGGGAUGUGUGCAGACCCAUGGAAGUGAAUCAUAACUCGAAUGUGCCAGAAAAUGAGUAUAUAUCUAUUUUUAAGUUCCCAGCUGUGUUGUCGUAUACAAAGUGGGACGCCAGUGCUUUUUUCAUGUAUAUCUAGUGUUGAACCAGAAUGUGUUAGUAUUUUGAAAUAUGCUUAUAAAUAAUUAAGUACAUGCCAGAUUUGAAUAUAUACAUGUAUUUGGCGCCAUAACAUUUCUAGAAAGAAUUAUAAAGAUUUCUGGACCAAGACUGUAAACCACUUGUGAUUGAGGAGAGUGAUUGAGAACAGAAAUUUCAAAUUCCCUUUUAAUUAUGUUAUGAAAAUGAUAUAGUCCAAAAUCUUUAAUCAUUCGAUGUAAGAAAUGUAUUUAUGUUUUCAAGCACAAAUACAAAAAUGUAUUUGUGCUUACUUCUGGUAUAUUGCUGUAUUAAGUAGUUGAAACACAUGCCUGCGCUGACAUUAAGCUGAUGCCUUUUUUGUGAAAUGACACUGCUCUACUGUCAACUUUAACUCAUAGCACUUUGAUUGACAGUUUCAGACUUUGAGCAAUUACAACACAGAACAGUGAGGGGGAGAUUCAGCUCAAACCCUUUGAUUUGAGGUGUAUAUUCAUUUAACAUUUAUAUAUCAAAAUAUAUUAUGUAGGUGUGUGGUAUACAUUACUCUGUGAUAUGUUAUGGCUAUUGUUGUCUGCCACUUUAAGGACUGUCUUCUGUCUACAUUUAUGUUCUUAACACUAGGUAUUAUAAUGGGUCGGAGCGAUGUUAUAGUACAUAAUGCAUGUAGCCCAAAUUGAAAUGGUCUGUUUGUGUGUAUGUGCAAUUUUAUGUUUACCUGCUAGUGCCUCGUAUUCAAGGGCCAUAAUAUGGCACAUGCUUUCUGUUGGAAUGAUUAGUAGUUUAACUGAAUCUAGUUCAAUGUUCAGUAAAGUUAUUGCUUUGGGAUUAUCAAUGCGUUAUCCUUGUUGUCAAGAAGCGCAGUUUCAUUACUGUUACUAUGGUAUCCAUUAAACAUACUUUAAUGGACACUAGCAUUUGUUUACCUGUCAGUGCCUCGUACUUUAAGUGCCAUAAAACUAUACAAAACAUUUCUUCAAAUGGCAAGCCAUUGAAAUGAAGAAAGUAAAUGUAAAGUAAAACAUUUCUGGAAUAUGAUUUACAUGUGACUUGUUUUGGACAAUAAAA